AUGCGCGUCCACAGAGCAGAAAGUAGGCUUAGAACACAGUGGAUUGUGCUUUUAUCUUCCACGGGACCUUCAUAUUUUUUCAAGUCGGCUAAAGCAAAGAUCGUGUGGCUGUGCUGAGCCUCCUUACUGCUCGCCCUCUGGUCUCCGGCAGAUCAAGUUUCUGUUUCUGAUGCUUGAUUGGAAAGAUAUACGCUCUCGUAGCUCACGCAGCUUGGUCUCUCAGCUUGGUAUCUCUACUUGGCCUCUCGGUGACAACGCUGGGUGAUCCUGUCGGUCAGCUUGGAAUAAAUCAUCUGUAAACAAAGAACUUGCCCUGGUGGUGAUUGACGAGAGUAACAUGCUGGGGAGUGGAGGUCAGUGAGCCCACUGUCUCUACUAAUCCUAGUCCAACUACAAAGCCGGCCUGCUUGCCUCCUUCUCCGUUCGUGGAUCUUUAGUUUGAAUCACUCUGAGAGGGGAUCGAGGGUGACUGGGAGAAGAGUCUGAUGGAGGAGCAGCUCAGCCACUGCAGUGAGAAACAUCGGUUCUUCAUAAAAGGCAAAAAGGGGGAAAGCAUGGUGAAACCUCGGCACAUUGAUGACCUCAACAAAAACCACCCAACACCAGCUAAUACAGAUGAACCAGUUGUGAUCCCGAUGGAAAAGACUUUUACUACUUUGAAGCAACCCAGAAGACGCCGGCGCACUGACACUGGGAAAAGGUUUACCUGUGAUCAAUGUGAAAAGUCUUUUACUCAGAAAAACAGCUUAAAAAAACAUCAGCUCAUCCACACUGGAGUUAAAGCAUUCAGCUGCGAUCAGUGUGGAAAGUCUUUUACUUACAUGAAGGGUUUAAAACGUCAUCUGCUCAUCCACACUGGCAUUAAACAAUUUGUCUGUGAUCAUUGUGGAAAGGCUUUUACUUACAAGUCUGCCUUAAUAAAACAUCAGCGCAUUCACACUGGUGCUAAACCAUUUGUGUGUGAUCAGUGUGGAAAGACUUUUGCUCACAUGGAUAGUUUAAAAACUCAUCGACUCAUCCACACUGGUGCUAAACCAUUUAUCUGUGAUCAGUGUGGAAACGCUUUUGCUCGCAAGGAGAGUUUAAAAAGUCAUCGACUCAUCCACGCUGGAAUUAAAUCAUUUGUCUGUGAUCAUUGUGGAAUGGCUUUUACUCUUAAUAGCAGCUUAAAACAACAUCAGCUCACCCACACUGGCAUUAAACCAUUCAGCUGUGAUCAGUGUGGAAAGGCUUUUUCUCAUAAUGGCAGCUUGAAAAGACAUCAGCUCAUCCACACUGGAUUUAAACCAUUUAGUUGUGAUCAAUGUGGAAUGGCUUUUACUCUUAAUGGCAGCUUAAAAAAACAUCAGCUCACCCACACUGGAUUUAAAGCAUUUAGCUGUGAUCAGUGUGGAAAGUCUUUUACUCAGGAUGGCAGCUUAAAAAAACAUCAGCUCAUCCACACUGGAUUUAAAGCAUUUAGCUGUGAUCAGUGUGGAAAGUGUUUUACUCAGAAUGGCAACUUAAAAAAACAUCAGCUCAUCCACACUAGAUUCAAAGCAUUCAGCUGUGAUCAGUGUGGAAAGUGUUUUAGUCAGAAUGGCAGCUUAAAAAGACAUCAGCUCACCCACUCUGGAGUUAAACCGUUCAACUGUGAUCAGUGUGGGAAUUCUUUUAGUCACAGGAGUUCCUUGAAAGAACAUCAGCUCGUCCACAAUGGCACUAAACUAUUUGUCUGUGGUCAAUGUGGAAAGGCUUUUACUUACAUGAGGGGUUUAAAAACACAUCAGCUCGUCCACACUGGUGUUAAACCAUUUGUCUGUGAUCUUUGUGGAAAGGCUUUUGCUGACAUUUGGGUUUUAAAAAAACAUAAACUAAUUCACACUGGUGCUAAACCAUUUGUCUGUGGUCAGUGUGGAAAGGCUUUUGGUCGCAUAGAUACUUUAAAACAUCAUGAACUAAUCCACACUGAAGUUAAAUAGUUUUUAUGUGGUCAGUGCUGAAAGGCUUUUACUUGUAUCGAUAUAUUUAAAAAGCAUGAGAUUAUCCAUACUGGAAUUAAAGUGUUUGUGAUCAGUGUAGAAAGUCUUACUCAGAUUAGCAUCUUAAAUUUGCAUAAGCUUAUCAAUGCUGGAGUUAAACAUUGAAGUUGUGCAUAGUGUGGACAUUCCUUUGCUAGGUUUUAUCAUCUAAGAGGAAAAUCACAAUCUCACCAACUAUUAAACCACUGAAAUAUGAGGAGUAUGGAAAGUCUUUUAUCUAUAACACGAACUUAUUGAGGAUCAGCAAACCCACACUACAGUGGCUUGCAAAAGUAUUUGGCCCCCUUGAACUUUCCCACAUUUUGUCACAUUACAGCCACAAACAUGAAUCAAUUUCAUUGGAAUUCCACGUGAAAGACCAAUACAAAGUGGUGUACACGUGAGAAGUGGAACGAAAAUCAUACAUGAUUCCAAACAUGUUUUACAAAUAAAUAACUAAAAAGUGUGGUGUGCGUAAUUAUUCAGCCCCCUGAGUCAAUACUUUGUAGAACCACCUUUUGCUGCAGUUACAGCUGCCAGUCUUUUAGGGUAUGUCUCUACCAGCUUUGCACAUCUAGAGACUGAAAUUCUUCUUUGCAAAACAGCUCCAGCUCAGUCAGAUUAGAUGGACAGCGUUUGUGAACAGCAGUUUUCAGAUCUUGCCACAGAUUCUCGAUUGGAUUUAGAUCUGGACUUUGACUGGGUCAUUCUAACACAUGGAUAUGUUUUGUUUUAAACCAUUCCAUUGUUGCCCUGGCUUUAUGUUUAGGGUCGUUGUCCUGCUGGAAGGUGAACCUCCGCCCCAGUCUCAAGUCUUUUGCAGACUCCAAGAGGUUUUCUUCCAAGAUUUCCCUGUAUUUGGCUUCAUCCAUCUUCCCAUCAACUCUGACCAGCUUCCCUGUCCCUGCUGAAGAGAAGCACCCCCAGAGCAUGAUGCUGCCACCACCAUAUUUGACAGUGGGGAUGGUGUGUUCAGAGUGAUGUGCAGUGUUAGUUUUCCGCCACACAUAGCGUUUUGCAUUUUGGCCAAAAAGUUCCAUUUUGGUCUCAUCUGACCAGAGCACCUUCUUCCACAUGUUUGCUGUGUCCCCCACAUGGCUUGUGGCAAACUGCAAACAGGACUUCUUAUGGUUUUCUGUUAACAAUGGCUUUCUUCUUGCCACUCUUCCAUAAAGGCCAACUUUGUGCAGUGCACGACUAAUAGUUGUCCUAUGGACAGAUUCCCCCACCUGAGCUGUAGAUCUCUGCAGCUCGUCCAGAGUCACCAUGGGCCUCUUGGCUGCAUUUCUGAUCAGCGCUCUCCUUGUUCGGCCUGUGAGUUUGGGUGGACAGUCUUGUCUUGGUAGGUUUACAGUUGUGCCAUACUCCUUCCAUUUCUGAAUGAUCGCUUGAACAGUGCACCGUGGGAUGUUCAAGGCUUGGGAAAUCUUUUUGUAGCCUAAGCCUGCCUUAAAUUUCUCAAUAACUUUAUCCCUGACCUGUCUGGUGUGUUCUUUGGACUUCAUGGUGUUGUUGCUCUCAAUAUUCUCUUAGACAACCUCUGAGGCCGUCACAGAGCAGCUGUAUUUGUACUGACAUUAGAUUACACACAGGUGCACUCUAUUUAGUCAUUAGCACUCAUCAGGCAAUGUCUAUGGGCAACUGACUGCACUCAGACCAAAGGGGGCUGAAUAAUUACGCACACCCCACUUUGCAGUUAUUUAUUUGUAAAACAUGUUUGGAAUCAUGUAUGAUUUUCGUUCCACUUCUCACAUGUACACCACUUUGUGUUGGUCUUUCACGUGGAAUUCCAAUAAAAUUGAUUCGUGUUUGUGGCUGUAAUGUGACAAAAUGUGGCAAAGUUCAAGGGGGCUGAAUACUUUUGCAAGCCACUGUAUGUGUGUCCUUUUGGAGACAGUGAGAAAUACAGAGGAUCUGAACAAAUCUUCUGGAUGCUAGGUCAAACUUCCAAAGCUUGAGAUCAGACUUCACAGAAUUCAGCUUUAAUAAUUGUCAUCAGUGGCAAGAAAGAAUACAUGUGUGUAAAUGAGAGGGAGACAGGUGUAACAGUGGUCAAAGGAUACUUGGCAAAGGAUGAUGAUGAUGGAGCUACCAGGCAAAAUGAAAAGGUCUUGUGACUUUUCCUUUUGCCAUUAAAUAAAUAAAAAUGUUUUAGCAGCAUGUAGAUAUUUAUUGUAGCAGUGCUUAAUUCUGUAAGUAUUCUAACAUGAAUUGCUUGCAUUGAAGGAUAGGAAGGUUAACAAUUAGAAAAAGUGCUGUAGCUUUAUUGUCGCUGUAGUAUGUAGUUUCUCCACUUGAUGGAACAUGUCCUUUGUAAUGAGGUGGAGUUGUAUGCAUUUGCUAACUGUCUGUCAGAGCUUCCCAAAUUUUAAAAUGUCCAUCUCUCCCAUUGAAUAAUGAAAAUGAAAAACAUGCCUGUUUGAGGCUGGCAGCCAGCAUGUAAAAAGAGUUUCUUUAAAUUGUUCAUAUUACUUUCUUACAUGUUCUAAUUUUUAAUCAAACUGUUUAAUAAAAAGCAGCAGAGUCCUUUCAGAAACUCCUGAUUGUUGUUUCAUAAAUCUAAUGGCUCUUUACUAGAAACCUAAAUUAAACUCAUGAUUAAAAAGCCACUGAUGCACCAAGGCUUAGAAAUCUAUGCACACAUAAUAAACCAAGCUGUUCAGUAAAGAUCGAAUUGAGGAAAAGGUUGUCAUGUUAAUAUGAUGCAAAAAAUGUUGACUUUAUCUGUUCUGUGCAAACAUCUAUGUGAUCUUGCUGACCAAACAUUAUUACCAUCAUGUGAUCACAAAAAGAAGCAAAACGUCUGCACAGAUUACGUCCUUGGUCAAUCUGAAAGGCCUGUUGGUGUUUAUUUGGCUGUCCAUCAUGAGAUAAUUAGUGAAGUAAACGGCACUGUUUCUGUUGUAACUUACCCAUGUGAAAUGUGUUUUAAAUGGUCUCUGUUGUCUUAAAAAUUAUGUGAGUCAGUUUUGCUGCAUGAAGAGAAAAUGAAACCUGUAAUUUUUAUGUUG